CCCCGCUCCUCUGCCCGACGCUCGCAGACGGCACGAAAGGCGCCCAAGAGAGCCCCAAGACAUCUCAAGGGGGCGCCAAGACAGAACCCAUAGCCGUUUUGGCUCGAGAAGAUAUUUUGUUGGAGGUGCCGCUUCAACCAGUGUCUUGAUUGCCAGUCGCAUAGCUUAUACAUCAUGGCAACACUCAGUGCGACCCAGAGGGUUGUGGAGGCAUAUCUCAUCAGUGUCGCACCAAGCACGCCGGCAUUUGGCUUCUGGACCCUGGUGCCGUGGAGCUCGCAGGAGAAGCCAGUCAACGUGUUCGCAUCUCCCAUCGCAAGAUGGAGAGUCGGAGUUGGAGAGUCGGAGUCGGAACGCAUCGCCCAGAUAGUGGAGCAGCACGAGGUCAUGUUGAUCGUAUCCGUAUACAGGACGAGGAAAGAGAAGAGGAACGUGACAGGCCUUCUGAACUAUCUCAGGGCGGCGCAUCCCGACGCGGUCGUCUUCCUGGUGCAGCUUCCAGAUCGGUUGGAUCCCGAGCUGACCAAGGCCGACCUUAGUAACUUGAUGAUGCGGCAUGACAGGCUCUACAGCUUUGGGGCGGAUGGUGUGCUGAUGGAGCUGGCAGGUGACCCGGGGGGGCUGCAACAUAGGAUAAGUUUGGAGCUCCAAGAGAACGCCGUUAUCCAGCUGCGCGUGCGGGAACAUAUCAGCACUUUGACCCAGGGAGUGCCCUCUGCCAUGCGGCUCAACGACAUGGAGGACGAGUUCUGCAAUUUGCUUUGGAAUGACAUCCCAGAUCUGCUGAUGCCCGAUUUCGCGCCUCUGGACGAGCGUCUUCUGGAAUGUGGGAGUCGGGUUGGGGAUUUCCAGCUCGUCCGCCCGUAUUCGGAUCACCAGCACGUAUCGUUGGCAGUGAACGGGCAGCAUGAAAACGUAGUGAUCAAAGUGUACGACAAGCGCAGCGUCACCGAUGCCAAGCAGGUGGAGAGCAUAUACCAGGAAUUCUGUUUAUUGAUGCACACGCUCGACCACCCACACGUCAUCCGUUGCGUAGGCAUGUUGCACAGCCAGCGUCGUGUGCAUUUGGUUCUCCAGUAUGGUGGAGACGUGUGCAUGGAGCAGGUGUUGUCGACCCAACCUGGGUACCGUUUGUCCAGGGACGACGCCUUGGAUUGCAGUACCCAGAUCGCCAGUGCUCUGUCCUACUGCCACGCCCAGGACGUCGUCCAUGGGCAAGUGUCUUUGAGCCACGUGGCUGUAGAGACAGCAUGGAAUGGGCACAUCUGCCGCCUUGUUGAUUUCAGCAUGGCAGCCCACGUUCCAAACUCCAGCGCAAGGGAGACCCUGUGCGGAUCUCUGCCGUGCGUGGCUCCAGAGGUGGCGCUGAACGAGCUGUACUUGCCUAAGCCAGCUGAUUGUUGGAGUCUUGGAGUGCUUCUCCUGGAGACCGCUUGCGGGCAGGGUUCCCUCAAGUUGUCAGUCCAGUGGCGCAGUGGCGAGUCCCUCGCAUACUCCGCGCGGCAAGUACUCCAGUUUUUCUCCCAUGCUGGUUGCCACACCGAGGCGAUGACGAAGAUGGGUAAUAGCUCACUCGACGGCAUAACACUGGCGUGCUUGGAGACCGGUUUUGAUUAAUUCGUUGUUGUUUACCUUUGCACUUUGGGUGCGCGUGCAGGAGUGCAUGUAGCUCACAGUUUGUGGGCAGGCUUCCUGCGUCAAGCUUUCAACCUCAGACGCCGCUGUCGGUCCAGCGGCUCAGUGGCGAGUCCCUCGCACACUCCGCGUGGCAAGUACUCCAGCUUUUCUUCCGUACUGGUUGCCACAUCGAGUCAAUGACGAAGAUGGGUAAUAUCUCACACGUCGGCGUAACACUGGCGUGCUUAUAGUGUUGAUUGAUUCGUUGUUGUUUACCUUUGCACUUUGGGCGCGCGUGCAGGAGUGCAUGUAGCUCACAUUAUGUGCGUAGGCUUUCUGCGUCAAGUUUUCAACCUCAGACGCCGCUGUCGGUCCAGCGGCUCAGUGGCGAGUCCCUGGCAUACUCCGCGCGGCGAUGAUGAUGACGCGCAAUAACUCUCUCGACGGCGUAACACUGGCGUGCUUGGAGGCGUUGUUGAAGCCAGAGCCGGCCCGCAGAGCAAUUACCUCCGACAUGAUAGGGAUGUGAUCUACUGGGCGCAGCGAGCAGGCCAGUGUUGAUUGGAUCGUUGUUGUUUACCUUUGCACUUUGGGCGCGCGUGCAGGAGUGCAUGUAGCUCACAUUUUGUGCGCAGGCCUUCUGCGUCAAGCUUCUACCUCAGACGCCGCUGUCGUUCCAGCGGCGCCGUGGCGAGUCCCUCGCGGAGAUGGGUAAUAACUCACUCGACGGCAUAGCACUGGCGUGCUUGGAGGCGUUUUUACCUAACAGCGAAGACUGAUAGGUUUCUAAUGGGCUAAAAAGAGAGCAGCAGAUGACUCCACAGGGGGGUCUGGGCGGGUGCCGGACAGGGUGCCGCAGAAGUCGUUUUAAGCCAACAGUCACACACUUCGUGCUCUUCG